CUCUGCUCUCCGGCAGGGGGACACGGAGGAUGGAGCUGGUGAUGUCACACGUCAUUAGCAUAUUUCUGACUAUAUCUAAUGCUUGCGCAAAGACGCGCCACUACUGCUGCACCGCGCUGACCAGAGAAGCUCCAGUCUCCAGCCAACAGCGACUAACUGCAACAAUGAGCGACAAGCCCGACAUCUCAGAGGUGACCAGCUUCGACAAGUCCAAGCUGAAGAAGACAGAGACGCAGGAGAAGAAUCCCCUGCCUUCAAAAGAAACCAUCGAACAGGAGAAGGCGGCGACGUCGUGAAGCCCCCUCCCUCCCGUCAUGCACUGUACACCCCCCUUUCCUCCCGCAUUGCCUUGUUUUCAGUCACUUCUUUUAGCUGUAUAACUUUGUAACCGAAAUCAUGAAACGACAACAAUAACCUGAAGCUGCACAGCCUGUGGACGGAUGAUGCCUCCGUCAUCGGCCUCGUCCCUUCGGGGAACAUCACCGUCUGCGUGGAGAUGAGGAAGGUUCAAGCAUGAGAGGUGGAGGAGGAAGCUGCAGAUUGGUCUGACCAUGGGGAGGCCUGAGGGAGGGGCGUGGCCUGCGUCCCAGGAAGCGCAUCACCGUCUCACCACAAAAAAAACAUACACCCGACUUCUUGUGUGGCUGCUUUUGCGCCAAAGCUGAGGCGUCAAGCUUUUUUUUUUAUCAUUAUUGUUUUUUCGUCUUCUAAUUUUCGGGAAAUGCACAACUUUGUUUGUACGCUAGCCAAAAUGUAAAUGCCCCAAAAGUUGAUACUGUUGUCUGUCACAGUGUUUUUUCUUUUGUAUGUACACAAGGAUAACAACAAAAAAAGUGUAACGGAUUCCAUCUAGAUCUGGGAGAUGCUCAAAUGGACCUGAAAUUGUAACGUGCUUUGGCCCUUGUUUUGUCAGAGUGAUUCGGGAAAAGCUUUUGUGUUGCAGUCUGUCUCUGAAUUGGAUUGAGGGGGAAAUAAUCAUUCUGGCGACUUAUUCCAUGUGUUCGCUUUCGAUUGUAGAUCAGAAAUUCUUUUUGUAAAUUCCCAGCAGUCAUGUUACUCUGCCACAAACUAUUACCAGAAAUGGAAAACCGUGAAAUGUUGUAAUAAAAAAGAAUUUGUUACUAAA